AUGAUGGAUUCGGACUCGUCCGGCGCGGACUUCUGCCGGUUUUGUCGCUCGGAGGCAUCCUCCGACCGGCCGCUGUUUCAUCCAUGUAUAUGCACCGGUUCAAUUAAAUGGAUCCACCAGGAGUGCUUAGUGCAAUGGAUGCGAUACUCCAGAAAAGAGAUAUGCGAGUUAUGUGGACACCGGUUUUCAUUUAUGCCUAUAUAUUCUCCCGAUAUGCCGCGCAGGUUGCCGAUCCGUGAUGUUGUAGGUGGCCUCGUAACAUCUGUCGCAUCAGCGGUGAAGGAUUGGCUACAUUACACUCUAGUUGCUCUUGCCUGGCUUGGUAUUGUGCCUCUAACCGCCUGCAGAACGUACCGAUGUCUUUUCUCUGGGUCAUUAGACCCUGUUAUAUCCCUACCAUUCGACAUUGUGUCAGCAGAAAACCUUGCCAAAGAUGUAUUUUCUGGAUGUUUUGUUGUUACUUGUACACUGUUUUCAUUUAUUGGCCUUGUUUGGUUGAGAGAGCAAAUUAUGCAUGGUGGUGGCCCUGACUGGAUGGAAAGAGAAAAUUUACCUGUGCCUCCACCAGAAGAUAUACCUCUACAAGAUAAUAAUAAUGAGAGAGUCAAUGAAGGGGCAGUGGAUGAAGCUGGGGCUGGCAGAGAUGAGGUGAAUGGUGAAGUGGGUGAAGAUCCAUUAGUUGGAGAUGAAGCAAAUUGGAAUCCUAUGGAAUGGGAUCGAGCUGCUGCUGAAGAAUUGACAUGGGCACGUCUGUUGGGCUUAGAUGGUUCUAUGGUGUUUCUAGAGCAUGUGUUUUGGGUGGUAUCACUGAACACAUUGUUCAUAGUAGUGUUUGCAUUUUGCCCAUAUCAUAUAGGAAGAUUGGGAGCUGCUUUGGCAGGUCUCACUGCAGAAGGCCCCUUUGCUGGGCCAUUGACUGCACUGGCAGGAUAUGUGCUUGUUGGAGCAAUACUGGCAGUAUUACAUGGAGUAGCAUCUCUGCUUCGCCUGCGUAGUGCUAAAAAGGCACUUGGAUUUUGCUAUGUGGUUGUGAAAGUGGCAUUACUCUCAGUUGUAGAGAUUGGAGUCAUACCAUUAGUAUGUGGUUGGUGGCUAGACUUGUGCUCCUUAUCGAUGUUCGACGCGACUCUUAAAGACCGCGAGGCGAGUCUUCAAGCAGCACCAUGGACCCUUAUGUUCAUUCAUUGGCUGGUAGGAAUGGUCUACGUGUAUUACUUCGCGUCAUUCAUCCUGCUAUUAAGAGAAGUUCUAAGGCCUGGUGUGCUGUGGUUCUUGAAGAACUUAAAUGAUCCUGACUUCAGUCCAGUGCAGGAAAUGAUCCAUCUCUCAGUUUGGUCACAUAUUCGCCGGCUGGUGGUGUCCGCUAUGAUAUUCGGUACGGCGGUGCUCUUCAUGCUGUGGUUGCCAAUUAGGGUCAUCAAAUACGUCCUGCCUGGAUUCUUGCCGUACGCCGUGGCUGUACACACGGAGGCACCGGUCAAUGAACUUAGCCUCGAGUUACUUUUACUUCAGGUGAUCCUGCCUGCAUUGCUAGAGCAAUCGCAUACUCGCACGUGGCUAAAGGCGGGCGUGCGCGCGUGGUGCGCGUGCGCAGCAGGUGCGCUGGGGCUGCGUUCGUACCUGCUGGGCGAGCUUCGCCACGACCAGCCGCAGCCUCACCCGCCGCGACCACCACAUCAGCUCGGCGCCGCACACCAGGCGCUGAUGCGUCGCGAUGGUCCAGCUGGAUUUGAACCCUACGUCCGAGUGUCGUGGUUCCCGGUGCGACUCGGGGCUCUGCUAGUCCUCGUGUCGAUAUCACUGGUACUUGCCAGCGCGCUAACACUCGUCAUCCCUGUAGCUAUUGGAAGGAAAGUUAUGGCAUUAUGGUUACCGAAAGCAUCCGAGGGCGUGCAUGAACUUUACACUGCAGCAUGCGGCAUGUACGUGUGCUGGGCGGUGGGGCGCGGCGGCACGCUGGCGGCGGGCUGGGCGCGCGGCGGGCGCGCCGUGCUGGCCGCGCGCGCCGCGCUCUGGGCCAAGGUCGCCGCGCGCGCCGCGCUGGCCGCGCUCGCGCUGCUCGGCCUCGUGCCGCUCAUGUUCGGACUCCUGCUCGAACUUGUGUUAGUUAUACCUCUUCGCGUUCCACUGGAACAAUCGCCCGUACUAUUCGUGUGGCAGGACUGGGCGCUCGGGGUGCUGUACACUAAGAUUGUGUGUGCGCUCACCAUGAUGGGUCCCGAUUGGGCCAUGCGCCGGGCUAUCGAGCGAGCGUACCGUGAUGGCAUUAGGGAAAUGGACCUAAAGUUCAUCCUGCGGUCGGUGGCGGCGCCGUGCGUGUGCUGGCUGGGGCUGGCGCUGGCGGUGCCGUACGCGUUCGCGCACAGCGUGGCGCCGCUGCUGCUGGCCUCGGCCGCGCAGCGCAACCUGCUCGCGCGCCGCGUCUACCCCGCGCUGUUGCUCGUCUGCGUGCUCGCCGCGCUCGCCGUGUUCCAGAUCCGUCAGUUCCGGAAGUUAUACGAACACAUUAAGAACGACAAGUACCUGGUCGGUCAGCGGCUAGUGAACUACGACCAUCGACGGCACAAACAACAGCAGAGCACCGUUCCCGCCAACUGA